AUGCGCGGCAGCAGAGCCGCCUCGCCAGGGAGCGCGGAGCGGCGCAACCCAAGGAACACGCGGGACAGAGCCACCGCAGCGAGACAGCAGCCGCCAGCGCCCAACAGCAGGAACAAAUCGGCGCUUUAUUUUCCAACAUCCUUUGCAUAUUUUACAGUUAAAGAUAGACUGCCCCAGAUCCUCACAAGAGUUAUUGAUACUCUGCAUCGACAUAAAAAUGAAUUUUUUGAAGAACAUGGUGAGAAGGGUGUUGAAGCAGAGAAGAGAGCUAUAUCUUUCCUCUCCAAACUGCGGAAUGAACUGCAGACAGACAAACCGGUGACCCCAUUAGAAGAUGAGCUGCCUGAUGCUGCCCUGUGGAACCAAUACCUAGACUACCAACGAAAUUUAUCAAAUGGAAAUGGAGAACCGAGUUGGUUUCAGUCCCCUUGGUUAUAUGUAGAGUGUUAUUUGUAUCGAAGAAUUCAUGCAGCAUUAGCACAGAACCCACCUAUUGACAACUUUGACGUAUUUAAGGAAGGAAAGGCUCAAAAUUUCUUUGAAUCCCAGGAGGCUGUUAUUGCCUUAUGCACUUACUUUCAGGAACUUCUUAAAAACAUCAAGGAUCUAGAAGAAAAGCAACUUCAGGAGGAACUUUUUAAGCUACUGCAGGUGUCAUUGUGGGGCAAUAAGUGUGACCUUUCUUUUUCAGCUGGUGAAGACAGCUCUCAGAAAUCUAGUCCUUUACAGUCCCUGGAAAACAUGAUACCUUACAUCUUAGUGAAUGAUAUGGAAAACCUUUGGUCACUACUUGUAAACAGCAAAAAAAGAAAUACAGAAAAAAGUAAUGUUAGAGUUGACAUAAUCCUGGAUAAUGCCGGAUUUGAACUCGUAAGUGAUCUUGUGUUGGCUGACUUCCUGUUAUCAUCAAAGCUAGCUGAUGAAGUCCAUUUUCAUGGAAAAAGUAUUCCGUGGUAUGUGUCAGAUACCACAAAGCAUGAUUUUAACUGGACUAUUAAGCAACUGCAGUCAGCUAAUCAUAUGUGGAUGUCUAGAUGUGGGAUAAACUGGGAGGGCAAUUUGAAAAAGGGAGUUUGGGUUUACCGUGAUCACAUGUUUUGGACUUUGCCACAUGAUUUUUCCAGUAUGGCUGAAGUUGCUCCUGACCUGUAUGCUGAUCUACAGAAGUCAAACUUGCUUCUUUUCAAAGGUGAUCUAAACUAUAGAAAGUUAACAGGAGAUAGAAAAUGGGAAUAUACUGUUCCGUUUCAUCAAGCCUUGAACAAAUUUCAUCCUGCGCCCCUCUGUAGUUUGAGAACACUGAAAUCUGACACUCAGGUUGGCCUAAAACCUGGACAAGGUGAACAAAUUCAGGCCUCUGAACCUGAAUGGAUGGUAAGUGGAAAAUACGGGGUAGUUCAGUUUGAUGCUGCUCUCUAGUUAAAUGGUUCCUAAUAUUCUGAAAGAGAGAUUCAGUCUGAGUUUUAACUGCUUUCUCUGUUCCAUGCUUGGCUUCAGCAAAGAUUCUUUUUUGUUUGCACUUUUUCCUCCCAAGUGAUUUGUUGUUUUUGUUCCACAACAGACUUUAAUGUUGUGCAAAAGUUUACAAACUGUCUUUGUAUACAUAAA